AUGUUCUCUGAAGCAGAGUCAAAUGCUGCCUUUGAGGUGGCACUCGACAAAAUGCAAGGCAUGAUCUCUGAAGCUUUGAAGAUGGAAGAUCUGGACCCAAGGCUGCGCAAGCUUGGAGUUGCAUUGGCCAUUGAACUUUCCUCUGCAAUGGGUGCCCAUGGCCGAUCGGCAAUAUUGAUCCCGCUGAUGGUGUUGUCCAUCGCAGCAGAGGUCAGGGAUGCCACCAACAAGACCGACUUCUUGAGGCCAAUUAACUGGUGA